AUGGUGUGCGCACUGAGCCUCCUGGCGCCCCUGCUGGGCCUGGGGCUGGGGCUGGCCCUGAGCCUGGCGGGGACGGCGGCUGUGGACUGUGGGCCCAUCGGCCCGGCCGAGCGCCUGACAUUCGCCCCGCACCCAGAGCCCGGUGACUGGCCCGUCCGCCGCGCGCCGGGGCCCCUGGACCCCCUCUAUGGCACCGUGCGCCGCUUCCUCUCCGUGGUGCAGCUCAACCCCUUCCCUUCAGAGUUGGUCAAGGCCCUGCUGAAUGAGCCGUCCUCGGUGAAGGUGGAGGAGCCUCUGAUGCCCCACUGCCCAGCCCGGGUGGUGCAACACAGGGCGGGCUAUGUGGUGUGCACUGUGAUCGCGGGCCUCUACCUCCUGGCAGUGCCCACCACCAGGCUCUGCUUCUGUUGCUGCCGCCGCCACCAGCACUGUGGGAGCCGCGUGAAGAUGGAGCACAAGGCCAUGGACUGUGAGCGUGGGACCCACCUGGCCUUCCUUCUGCUGACCACCCUCGUGCUGCUGGUUGGCGUCAUCUGUGCCUUUGUCACCAACCAGCGUGUGCAUGAGCAAACGGGACCCAGCAUGAAGGCUGUGCCUGAAACCCUGCUCAGCCUCCAGGCUCUGGUCUCCAAUAUCCCCCAGGAGCUGCAGGCCAUGGCACAGCAGUUCUCCCUUCCCCAGGAGCAAGUCUUGCAGGAGCUGGAUGCACAGCAGCAGCUGCGGGACCAGCUGGAGAAGCCAGCGCCCCCCGCAGAGCCCAGUGCCAGGGACUGGGGAGGCAGGAUGGAUGGUGGGGAGGGCCCUUGGGCUCCUGGGGGGCCAGCACUGCAGACUGCCCUGUGCUUUCCGGGUGUCAGUGAAACCAUCGGGACCAUGAUUCACACCCAGCUCAGGAGCACCGUGUACCUGGCACUGGCCUCUGAACCAGGUGUGGGUCUCUCAGCCCUUUUGGACUCCACAGACCAUCUCCGAGCUCUGAAAGCCACCUCGGUGGACCUGCGAGAGGGGCUGCAGGACCUGGAGCCGGCCAUCCAGGGGCAGCAGGAACACCUCCUGACCCUGCUGCAGGAGCCCAGGUGCCGGGGGAACUGUGCAGGGGCGCUGAGUCGGGCCUGCGUCCUGGAGCUGGGUGCCGACUUCAGCCAGAUUCCCCCUGUGGACGAUGUCAUGCAUCGGCUGAAGUGUGUCCCUGAGGCCAACUUCUCCAGCAUGGUCCAGGAUGUGAAGGUGGAUCUUUCCCUUGGAGGCAAAGACAGGGAAGCAGGAGUCUACGUCAUCAAGGCUUCUCCAAUGCGCUGCCGGCUCCGGCCCUGGGCUGUGGAGGAAGCAGCUGCUGUCCAGAGCGAUGGGGCUGAGGACCUGGGAGGAACCAGAGGCCCUGCCUAUGGGACUGCCAAGCAGGAGAUUUAG